CUGUUAACUAUCGAAUGCCAUCACUAGCGGCGAAUCAACUGGGUUUGUUUUGAUAAAUUGUUUUUGGGAAAUGGAAAAUUCUCCCCGCAUUGUUUACGUCUGCAGCUUGUGCUUGCGCCAAUAUGAUCUUCUGGAGGAUUUACGUGGCCACAUGGUGUUCUUCCACGGCUGCCAAGCGGUCUCAUCACAAAUUGGAAAAAAGAAAUCGCCAAAAACAAAGCAGAAGAAAACCGGAGUAGGUCAGGACCAAAAUAUAUCAGAAGAGCCAAUAAAUGACCCGGAGGAUUCCCCAAAGGAGCUGCAGCCUAUGCCUUUCAAAGAUUUUCGUUUGGUCUUGAGAGCCAACAUGCUGGAACCAUGCUCCUUUGGCAAGGAAUGUACCUUUAAGUUCCUGGAUGUUAAAAAAAUGGAAUUGCAUUUAAGGUGCCACAAGGACAGCAAUUUCGCAUGCUGUGAGUGCGGAGUGGAGCUGCCCAAUUGGAGGCGAUGCUCUGCCCACUUGUGGAAGAGCCACCAAAUAGAUGUGGAUUUGUUGGAAUGUCCUGCUCUUGAUUGCCAUUACAAGUCACCAGUGUCUGCUCUGAUUUGGCGGCACAUGCGCGUCCAUAAAAAGUGGCGACCUAGAGUCCUUCGAUCCCUGGCUGCUGUUCAACGUAGAAAGAAACUGAAAGAGCAAACAGGAGACCUGCUUCCACUGCCGGUGACGCCUUCAACUGCUUCCAAGAAAAAUAAAUAUUAUGCUGAGAAGACCUGCGAGAUUUGUAGCAGGAAAUUCGUGAAUGGUAAAACACUGUCCAAGCAUGUAAAAACAGUACACAACAAGAUAAAACCUUUUAUUUGCAACGUUUGCGGCAAGAAGACCGCUCGCAAAGCCAGCUUAAUAAUCCACAUGAGACAACACACUGGCGAAAAGCCCCUGCAAUGCGGGGUUUGUAAGUUUUCUACCCGUGAUCCCAGUGUUCUGCAUAAACAUAGGCAACGUCAUGGCAGCCAGGAUACUCAAAACAGCCUCAAAUGCAGCCAGUGCGACUAUCAAUGUAUCCAGGCUAAUGCUCUGAAGCGGCACAUGCGACUCAAUCAUCCUGAGGCCUAUCGGGACUUGUGCUGUGACCUCUGCAGCUAUACAUCCAUCAACGCAGAGAGAUUACUGGCCCACAAGCAGGAUCACCGGCAGGGCUUGAUCGUUAACUGUGAUGACUCCAUGGAUGCCACUGGCACCUCAGGUUUCAAGUACCCACAAAAGCCAGGCGAUAAAAACGGCGAAAUAUCGGCCGAUUGUUUUAUGCCACUAGAGAGUGUGGAUUCCCUGCCACAUGAACCAGCUGUAGAUACCGGAGGUGUCACAAUACCAGCACCACCCUCCGAGGAUACUCAGUUUCCAACUUAUUUAAAAGACUAGGCAUCUAGAAAAGUAUAAGAUUUAAGUCUUGGGAUAAGCCAGGGUUUUAUAUUUCUUCUUAUGUUUAUUCUUUUUAUGAAUGGGUUUAUUUAUUAUAUUUUAUUUAUAUCUUACAUUGGUCUACGACAUCUUGGGUUAAAAGUGUGCGGGUUUCCGAAUUGUGCUGUAAAGAGUGCUGUACAAAAUAAUGUUCUCAUGCAGUUGGUUUUGGGGAUUUGAAUGCUCGUUUAUUAAGUUUUUCAGUUUUUCCAUUUAAUUUUAAUAUCAUUUUAGAAUCUGAUAUGAUUUUUGUUUUGUUUUUUUUUUUUUUUGCAACAUUCGAAUUAUUUAUUCAUGCUAGUUUACCGUGUUCCGUUUUUGGGGUUUUUUUUUCAUUACUAUUAUUAGGGUUUUGUAUUAAACUAAUUUAAAAUUUAAAAAUCUACUCUUGCGAUACUCAUCCGGUUUCAGUU